AUGCAUAAAUCUUCAAUUGAAAUGAAGGAACUUUUUCCACAUUCAACAACAAUUAUUCAUGAUGUUACUCGUCUUUAUGAGGAAUAUAAAUUGCAUUUGACACACAUUUGUGAACAACUUAACAGUUUUUGUUUAGCAGUCGAUCAGCGGACAGAGAGUUAUACUGGUACUAGUUAUUGUGGUAUAGCUCUUCGAUAUGUUGAUGAUAAUUUUCAAUUGUAUACUUUUAUUCUUGGCUGCUUCCCAUAUGAUGCAGAGAGUCAUUCUGCACCUCAUCUUCGAGAAUUUAUCACGAAAAAAUUAGAAGAUUUUAAAUUAAAAUUAGAUUUGAACAAGUAUGUAGUCAGUGAUAAUGAACCGAAAAUGAUUGCAACAUUUCGUGAUUAUUGUGUUCGUGUUGGAUGUUCUGAUCAUUGCCUCAACAAGCAACUUCAACAUGCAUUUGAAUCAGAACAAUUACAUGUUAAUAAAAACAUUGUUGAGAAAGUUGAUUGUGAUGUCGUUCAGCGCAUGUUUAAUCAAAUAAAAAAGAUCGUUUGCCACAUACGACGUUCUCAUCAACAACAAAGUUUAUCAAAAAAAGUUGUCUCUUAUAGUGACACUCGCUUCAAUGGUGCUUUUAUGAUGAUGAAUAAUUGUCAAGAGCUUUUUUUUGAAUUUCCAUCGGCUUUAGUGUAUAGUCAUUUUAUGACGAACUACAAUUACAUAAACAAAAAUGCAUGA